AACGAUAGAAUUCAUUCCGCUCUGAAUCGUACACUGGAUAAGUUCGAACAAAAUCCAAAUUUUUUGAAUAGUAUUUUUACAAAAAUUUUGUCAGUCGUUUUUUCCUAAAUUUAAAUUAAAUUUAAUCGCUAUGAAGCAAGAUAUUAGUCCUGACCGCGAUGAUUGUAUAACGCCAUUAACAAUCGCGGCCAUUGAGGAGGAGCAUCUCGCUAUCUGGUUGUCCGAGGAUGACGAUGAUAGCGAGGACUCGUCAGAGGAAUACUCCUUUGCCCCCCACGAUACUGACAGCGACGAUGUGACCUCUUCCGAUGAUGAAAUGGAAACGACCCCAGCGGAACCGAUUGAACUCAUAGGUGAAGUGGUGGAGCAGCCCGGAGCGUAUCUUUAUGGCAUCAUCCAGGAAUACAUCCGUGACUGGAAUGAUGACAACGAGUUCUCCGAAGGCUUCAGAAAUAAUAUUCAAGUCUCCGAUAACCUGCUGGGAAAUCUCAACACUGAUCGAAUUUUGGAAAAGAUCGAAACUCUGGAAGAUGAUCCGCUUAUGGAAAAUAUCGAAAAUGAUAUGCAUGAGGAUAUGUUCACUGAUCACCUCAAUCAAAAUAUGGAUACUGAGGAACAUCAGAACAUAUUUUCCGAUCAACUCGUGGAGAAUAUGGAAGCUGAAGUGGUUGAGGAUAUAUUCUCCGAUCACGUCAUGGAAAAUGUCAACAAUGAGGAAAAUGGGACCAUGUUCUCCGAUCGCUUGAUGGAAAACUUGAAUGCUGAUGAAUAUGAGGACAUGUUCUUAGAUCGAUUUGUGGAAACAAUUGAAACUGAUGACCUUGAGGUUCGUUUUACGGAAAAUGUAGAUGAGGAAUAUAUGGAAGUCUAAAUUUUCAGGGCUUUUACCAUACCGAAAACAUCGUAUCAAUUUGCAAUGCUUUAACAUCAUUCGUAUGU